UCUCCAAGUGUUUGCCUGGAAAGCUGAGCCAGGUCCCAGAGUGAGCAGGAGCUGGUGCUGGGCUCCCAGGGAGUGCAGCAUCCACCAGAGGAGUGACAGAGGAGGGCUGGGCUACCAGGACUCAGUGCAUUGCUGCUGUGUGACUACUGAAUGACAUCUACACAGUGCUCCUCCACAGCCCCUGUGCACCUUCAUCCAGAGGACUACAGCACAAUGCACACAGCUCCCUGCAAAUUUGGAAGGACAUGAAAGAGGACAUCACACAGCAGUGUUUAGAGUGAAUGCUCUGCAGCUCAAGGCAUAGAUACGAUCGUCUGCAGUACAAGUUCUGGAGCACUUUUCUCAAGGAGGAUCUUUAUAAAUUCUGGUGGUAAAGAGAAGACCCCCCCCCCCCUCUUCCCAGAGAUGACCACCUAGGAUAUAGGCUAAGCAAUGGUUUGGGGUCUGAUGGAGCAGAAAGUACUGAGCAGCAAUGAAGAGCUUCUCUCCAUGAAGAACAUCUCCUCCAGGAGAGACUAAAGUUUUCUGCUGCUGACCCUCCAGGGCUUCUUGGGGUCUUCAGUUUUAUUUUUACUGGAAUAGGGGGCACAUUGUAUCCACUGGAUAUCUGUUACUAUGUAAACAUGGGUCUACUUGUUCCAGUCCUGCUGUGUGGAUUCUUGGGUCAGGUUCUUGGAUCUCGACUCCGUCAGGAAGAUUUUCCUCCUCGGAUUGUAGAACAUCCAUCAGACGUAAUAGUGUCCAAGGGAGAGCCUACCACAUUAAACUGCAAGGCAGAAGGCAGACCUGUGCCAACAAUCGAGUGGUACAAAGAUCUGGAGAGAGUAGAAACUGACAAAGAUGACCCCCGCUCCCACCGAAUGUUGCUCCCCAGCGGAUCUUUAUUUUUCUUACGCAUUGUUCAUGGGCGAAGGAGUAAACCGGAUGAAGGAAGCUAUGUGUGCGUUGCCCGGAAUUAUCUUGGUGAAGCCAUGAGUCGAAAUGCAUCACUGGAAGUUGCCUUGCUUCGAGAUGACUUCCGGCUCAACCCUACAGAUGUGGUGGUGGCAGCUGGAGAACCUGCCAUUUUGGAGUGCCAGCCACCCAGAGGACAUCCAGAACCUACUAUCUACUGGAAGAAAGACAAAGUUCGAAUAGAUGACAAAGAUGAGAGGAUAAGUAUUCGUGGUGGGAAGCUGAUGAUCUCCAACACAAGGAAAGGUGAUGCCGGCAUGUACACUUGUGUAGGAACCAACAUGGUUGGAGAAAGAGACAGUGAUCCAGCUGAAUUAACAGUGUUUGAACGGCCUACUUUUCUCCGAAGACCAAUUAACCAGGUAGUUCUAGAGGACGAGGCUGUAGAAUUCCGGUGUCAGGUCCAGGGGGAUCCACAGCCGACAGUCCGGUGGAAAAAAGAUGAUGUUGACUUGCCAAGAGGAAGAUAUGACAUCAAGGAUGACUACACUUUGCGUAUUAAGAAGGCUGCGAGUAUUGAUGAAGGGACGUAUACUUGUAUUUCAGAGAAUCGCGUUGGUAAAGUGGAGGCUUCAGCGACACUCACAGUAAGAGUUCGCCCUGUUGCUCCUCCGCAGUUUGUGGUGAGGCCGCGUGAUCAGAUCGUAGCUCAGGGGCGGACGGUGACGUUCCCUUGUGAAACUAAAGGAAAUCCUCAGCCUGCUGUCUUCUGGCAAAAGGAAGGAAGCCAGAAUCUGCUUUUCCCAAAUCAACCACAACCCAACAGUAGAUAUUCAGUGUCCCCAACUGGAGACCUAACCAUCGCCAACAUCCAACGUUCAGAUGCCGGCUACUACAUUUGCCAGGCUUUGACAGUAGCUGGAAGCAUAUUGGCAAAGGCCCAGCUGGAAGUUACUGACGUUUUAACAGACAGACCACCUCCGAUAAUACUGCAAGGCCCAGCCAACCAGACAUUGGCAGUAGAUGGAACUGCAGUGCUCAAGUGCAAGGCGACGGGGGACCCUAUGCCAGUCAUAAGCUGGUUAAAGGAAGGAUUUAAUUUCAUGGGACGAGAUACACGGUUAUCCAUUCUUGAUAAAGGAUCACUACAGAUUAAAUCUCUAAAGACAUCUGAUUCUGGCACCUACACGUGCGUCGCUACUAGCUCAAGUGGUGAAUCUACAUGGAGCUCUGUUUUGGAGGUGACAGAAUCUGGGGGCGCGAGUAUAAGCAAGAGCUAUGACAUGAAUGACUUGCCCGGGUCGCCAUCAAAGCCUCAGGUUACCGAUGUCAGCAAGAAUAGUGUCACUCUGUCAUGGCAACCAGGCACCCUGGGAGUCCUACCCGUAACGUCUUAUAUCAUUGAGGCCUUCAGCCAAUCUGUCAGCAAUAGUUGGCAGACAGUAGCAAAUCAUGUGAAGACCACGCUGUACACCGUGAAGGGGCUGCGGCCAAAUACAAUAUAUCUUUUCAUGGUGAGAGCUAUCAAUGCCGAAGGUCUUAGUGAUCCAAGCCCGAUGUCUGAUCCAGUACGAACACAAGAUAUAAGUCCAACAGUUCAAGGUGUGGACCACCGACAAGUCCAGAAGGAACUGGGAGAUGUGAUUGUUCGACUGCAUAAUCCUGUAGUUCUUUCCCCUACCACUAUCCAGAUCUCUUGGACGGUGGAUCGUCAAUCCCAGUUCAUACAAGGAUUCCGGGUGAUGUACCGCCAGAUAACAGGCCUGCAGUCUUCAUCUGCAUGGCAGAACUUUGAGGUCAAGGUUCCCGCCGAGCGUAGUACUGUGAUAUCCAACUUAAAAAAAGGAGUUACUUAUGAGAUUAAAGUUCGACCUUAUUUCAAUGAGUUUCAAGGGAUGGAUAGUGAGUCAAAGUCAGCUCGGACAACAGAAGAAGCCCCAAGUGCUCCACCGCAGUCUGUUACAGUCUUGACAGUCGGGAGCAACAAUAGCACAAGUAUCAGCGUCUCCUGGGACCCCCCUCCAUCCGAUCACCAGAAUGGAAUUAUUCAAGACUAUAGGAUAUGGUGUAUAGGCAAUGAGACCAGGUUCCACAUUAACAAGACUGUAGAUGCUGCUAUUCGUUCAGUGGUGAUCGGAGGACUUUUUCCUGGCAUCCAGUAUCGGGUUGAGGUUGCUGCAAGCACAAGUGCUGGGAUCGGUGUAAAAAGUGAUCCUCAACAUAUAUUAAUAGGAAAUCGCAAUGAAGUUGUAAUCACAGAGAAUAACAACAGUAUCACCGAACAGAUCACGGAUGUUGUCAAACAACCGGCCUUCAUCGCAGGAAUUGGUGGUGCCUGCUGGGUAAUCCUCAUGGGAUUCAGCAUAUGGCUGUACUGGCGCAGAAAGAAGAGAAAGGGCCUCAGCAACUAUGCCGUUCAGUCCUUCACCUUUACCCCUGCAGAUUCCCCAGAUACAACCAUGCACCACAAAGUUGCACUUGGCCCAAAGAAGGGGAGCUGGCACAACACAGUCACAUUUCAGAGAGGAGAUGGCGGACUAAUGAGUAACGGAAGCCGCCCAGGACUCUUAAAUCCAAGUGACCCUAACUACCCAUGGCUUGCCGACUCCUGGCCAGCGUCCAGCAUGCCAGUAAACAACAGCAACAAUGGACCAAAUGAUCUGUUGAAUUUUGGAUGUGGAGAUGUGCUGCCAGCAGCUCCAGGCCAGGGAGACAAAACUGCAACAAUGUUGUCAGAUGGCGCCAUUUACAGCAGCAUCGACUUUACUACCAAGUCCAGCUUUAACUGCCCGGGACAGAUAGCACAAACCACUCCAUAUGCCACUACACAGAUUCUGCACUCCAACAGCAUUCAUGAAUUGGCAGUGGACUUGCCUGACCCCCAAUGGAAAUCUUCAGCUCAGCAGAAGUCUGACCUGACCGGCUUGGGGUAUUGCCUUCCUGACCAGGGCAAAGGAAACAAUGCCUUACUUUACAUUCCCGACUAUCGUGCUGAGGGAUUGUCAAAUAGAAUGCCACACAACCAGUCACAGGAUUUCAGCACCACCAGCUCACACAACAGCUCUGAAAGAAGCUGCAGCCUUUCAGGUGGGAAAGGAGGAAAGAAAAAGAAGAACAAAAACAGUACUAAGUCUCAGAAAAAUAAUGGAUCCAACUGGGCUAAUGUUCCACUACCUCCACCGCCCAUCCAACCCCUUCCCGGCACUGAGAUAGAACAUUACGGCUUAGAGCAUCAGGAAACAGGGUAUGACAGCGAUGGAUGGUGUCCUCCUCUGCCAGUCCAGACAUACUUACACCAAGGCUCUGACGAUGAGCUAGAAGAGGAUGAUGACAGGGUUCCUACCCCACCAGUACGUGGAGUUGCAUCAUCCCCAGCCAUCUCAUUUGGCCAACAGUCAACAGCAACCCUGACCCCAUCACCGAGGGAGGAAAUGCAGCCCAUGCUCCAGGCUCAUCUGGAAGAGCUAACUAGAGCGUACCAGUUUGACAUUACAAAGCAGACCUGGCAUUUACAGAGCAAUAGCCAGCCACCAUUGGCCCCCAUUCCUCCAAUGGGUUACAUGUCGGGAGGUUUCAUCUCCGACUUCUCUGAGAAAGAUCUACAGGAUCCUGGGGAAGAGGAUCAUGAGGAUGAAAUGAGCCGUCCUCUCCGAGGCCUAGAACAUACUCCAGGAUCCAGUAUGGAUAAUCUGGACAGUUCUGUCACAGGAAAAAUGCAAUCUUUUUCUCAAAAACCAAGACCUUCAAGUCCAUUUUCCGGGGACAGUAACAAUUCAGCCAUGAACCACAAUAACCAAAGGCCAAGGCCUUCUAAAAAACACAAGGGAGGAAGGAUGGAUCAGCCUCCUGGCCUACGAAGAGAAGGAAUGGUGGAUGAUCUCCCCCCUCCGCCAGAACCUCCACCUUGUCAAAGUUUGAAACAGCAAAUGCCCAACCAGCGUAGUGGUCCUCCAGAAAGAAAAGCCAGUUCUCUGGAGAGGCAUACUUCCAACAUGGAUGAUAGCAAGACCUCUUUGGAUCGCCAUGGAAGAACAUCUUUAGAGCGGCAGAGGCAAACACAGGAAUGGCAAAACAAGCAGGCUUUUGGUUCAGAUGAAGUGCUGAUGCCGUACAGCAAGCCAUGUUUUCCUUCACCCGGAGGCCAUAGUUCCACAGGAACCACUUCUUCUAAAGAGUCCACUGGACCGAGGAAAGGCGACAUUAUGAGAGGUCACCAGCGCAAUGCCAUUGAUUUUCUUGAUGUAGGAUAUUUGGGGCCAAACAGUCAAGGACAGUUUACAGGUGAAUUAUAGUACUGACAAGCUAUGACAAAAGCUGCUCUAUAGACCAGUUGGUCUGGACUGAUGAAAGUCACGAGGAAACUCAAAACAGUGCAAUGGACAUUCAUUUAUUUAUGUAGGAUUGGAAGGACUGUAAAUGCAAUGUAAAGCCACAGAAAGUCACACAUAUCACACAGACAAUUUACUUUCUCCUUCUCUGAUAUACACACCAUCCACCUUAAAUAUUUCUUGCCAGAAAUGAACACAAAAGAGGAAUGAGGAAUCGACAUCAAGGAUGAAAAAAGAAAAAAAAAAGCAUUUUGGCUUUGUAUAUAUUGUUUUUUCUUUGAUUGCAUUUCUAUGCAAGCUUGCCCUCUUUUGUUCAUAUUAUUCUUCUUAAUAUUAUUGUCUGUCCUUAUUGUUCUAAUGUACUAUACUGUAUGUGAAUUAAUAGGCUGUGGUGCCAUAUAAAAAAAAAACAACAAAAAAAGAGACAAAAAACUUUUUGUUUAACUGUGUAAUAUUCAUGUUUAAAUUUUUGCACUGCAAUUUUUAUUUGAUGAUAAGCACAAAAACCUUACUCCUUGUGACACGGAGGGAAGAGACUGAAUGUGACGGAACGGUCUG